AUGGCCAUCGAGCUCGAGCUGACGCCGCUCAACGUCAUCGCGGCCAGCUUCGGCACGUUCCUGCUGGCGUACGGCGCGCUGUCGCACUUCAUCAAGGAGCGCCUCUACCUCGGCGAGGCGCCCUUUGCGCUGCUCUUUGGCAUCGCGCUGCAGCACUACGGCGUGCCCGGCGAGCUCAAGGGCGCGCCGGGCCACGGCGCAGACCCGCUCGACGCCUUUGGGCUCGGCCUGAGCCGCUUCAUCAUUGGCACCCAGCUCGUGCUCGUGGGCGUGCAGCUGCCGUACAAGUACCCCAAGACGGAAUGGCGCAGUCUUGCCGUGCUGCUGCUGCCCGUGAUGACGCUGAUGUGGGGCAUGACGACGCUCGUCACCUGGCUGGCGCUGCCCGACGUGCCCGUGCUGGUUGCGCUCGUCAUCGCGGCGGCCGUGACGCCGACGGACCCGGUGCUCUCCAGCGCCAUUGUCAAGGGCUCCUUUGCGGACCAGUACGUCUCGCCGCGCAUCCGCAACCUCAUCUCGGCGGAGAGCGGCGCCAAUGAUGGCUUUGCGCUGCCCUUCAUGUUCAUUGCGGCCUCGCUGCUCAAGGAGGAGACGCCCGCGGCAGCGCUCAAGUCCUGGGUGCUGGAGACGUGCCUCUGGUCUGUCUUCGGCUCGGUGGUCUUUGGCGCGGCACUCGGCUAUGGCGCGAACCGACUGCUUCAGCUUGCUGCCGACAAGCAUCUCAUCGACAAGGAGUCAUUCCUUCUCUACGCCGUGGCGCUUGGCGUGCUAAUCGUCGGCCUUGGAGGGAUCCUUGCGACAGACGACCUGCUCGCGUGCUUCGUGGCCGGCAAUGCCCUGACGUGGGACGACUGGUACCGCCGCGAGACAGAGGAGGACGAGCUGCAGAACGUGACCGAUCUGAUCUGCAAUUCGGUCUUCUUCACCUUCGUCGGCGUUACCGUGCCCUGGUCUGCCUUCAACGACCCGGCCCUCGGGCUCACGUACGGCAACCUGACGCUGCUCUGCGUCGGCGUGCUCUUCCUGCGCCGCGUGCCCGCCAUGAUGCUCUUCUACCGCGCCAUCCCUCAGAUUGCCGACUCGGGCGAGGCGCUCUUCAUGGGUUGGAUGGCGCCCAUUGGCGCAGGAUCGAUCUUCUACACCUUCCUCAUCCUGGAGGAGUUCAAGGCCGAGUCGGAGAACGCCGACGAUCUUCGCAUCCGCGCCCUCGUCAAGCCUGUCAUCUACGCGCUCGUGCUCUCCUCGAUCGUGGCGCACACCCUCAUGGUGCCAGUGAUCAAGCUGGGCUUCGAGUGGCUCGGCAUCGACUCGAUCAAGAUGUACGAGCCCGCGCCCGGCGAGGGCUCGCUGGCCGGCGGCAACGAGUCGAUCGAGCAGGCCGAGGACGACGCGUACGAGGCGGGCGCCGGCCCCGCGCCCGGCUCGCACCACGCCGGUAGCCGUCUGUCGCAGCUCUCCGAGGGCGCACAGCAGCGCGCAGUGGAGGAGCACGGCGCGUACCUGUCGUCGGGCAAGUACGACCCGCACCCGAGCUGGCGCAUCUCGAGUGGCCACAAGCUCGGCCCGCACGUCGUCACGCGCGGCCACGACGGCACCGACGUGCAGCAGCACGACUUCCAGCCGAGCGCCUGGCAGCGCAACCGCAUGUCGCGUGCGUCGCGCGGCUCGCUGCGUGGUGCGCCUCGCGGCGCCGACUACGGCUCGCUGGAGCAGGGCGGUGGCGGCGGCGGCCACUGAGCCCCUCGGCAGGCAAGAGGGAGACAGAAGCAUGGUCACGCAUGACAAGCGACUCGGCAUUCAAGAUCAACCAAGCACCUGAGCACUAGACCUUCGGCAUCGAGCUCGUCGGGCACCAUCACGCAUGUACACUCUGCCACCUGGGCCUGCGCGCCCGCCUUCAUCGUCACUGUGAACCGCUUCACGAU